CGCCUUUACGCGAACGAAAUGCGAACGUUGAACUACAUCGCCAUGUCCACAAAUAUUUACAAGAGAAAUGGACAUUAGCGGCUGCGGAUUCUGAAAGAAGGAAAAUGCAUCAAGCGAGUCUCACCGCAACUUUUAGAUGGCGCACAGUUUCUCGUUGCUAUGCACGUCGCUCUCGUUGCUAAGAGCUUUACGUCAGUUCUGCGAAAGAUCUCCAGGGAGGCUGACAUAAACCAGCAAUGUUCGUUUAUCUGAGCAAGAAGAUCUCCAUACCGAACAACUAUCGAUUAAACUGCAUAGCAUGGAAUCAGAAGGACGGGUAUAUUGCAGUGGGAGGAGAGGAUGGUCUUUUGAAGGUGUUACGAGUAGACUCCAAUGUCAGCGGAUCGCACAGCGGCGGAAAGUCCCGAGGCUUGGCUGCGGCGAGCAAUCUGAGCAUGAAUCAGCCUCUGGAGGGUCACAACGGACACGUUCAAGUAGUGACGUGGAACGAGGAGCAUCAGAAGCUGACCUCGAGCGAUCAGAACGGAGUUAUUAUCGUUUGGAUGCUGUACAAGGGCUCGUGGUACGAAGAAAUGAUAAACAAUCGCAACAAGUCUGUGGUGAGAGGCAUGGCGUGGAGCUGCGACGGCCAGAAGAUAUGCAUAGUCUACGAGGACGGAGCUGUGAUCGUCGGAUCUGUCGACGGCAACAGAAUCUGGGGUAAGGAAUUGAAAAACGUGUCUCUCUCUGCCGUACAGUGGUCUCCAGAUGGAAAAUUUCUUCUGUUCGGUUUGAAAAGUGGAGAGCUUCAUCUCUACAACAAUCAAGGCACAUUCCUGAUGAAACUAAACAUCCCCUCGCUGAAUACUUCCCUUCACCAAACUAUAGUGGCCCUACAGUGGUACGAUGGAAGAAACGGCUACGUCGCCAUGGAUUGUCCUACUCUAGCUAUCUGUUAUCGCAACGGUAGGAUACUGUUGAUGCGGGACACCAGCGACGACAAUCCGGUCAUGAUGGAAACCGGGUUGACUGCCUCGUGGUGCGACUGGAAUAGUUGCGGCUCGGUCUUGGCGGUGACGGGCAUGAUGCCGUUGCUCACUAACGGGGAAACGAAGGACAUGAACGUUAUACAGUUUUACACGCCAUUCGGCGAGCACAUGAGGACCCUGAAGAUACCCGGACGGGAGGUAACGUGUUGUACCUGGGAGAAAGGGUCCCUCCGGGUCGCCCUGUCCGUCGACUCUCACAUAUACUUUGCGAACAUCCGUCUGGACUACAAAUGGACGUACUUCAGCAACACGGUCGUCUUCACAAACGAGAAGGUUGGCAAGGACGGUACCUGCGUGACGUUCUGGAACACGAGUAGCAACACAUGUUGCACCAAGUACGUGAGAUCUUUGAUAUCGAUAGCCUCGUGCGGGGAGCACUGCGUGCUCUCCGUGAGGAACGAUCCCGCUCAGGUCACCGAGCAGUUCGCCCUCCUCGUUUGCAACACCAUCGCCACGCCGAUAGACUCCAAGUUCCUGGAUCUGGAGCCGUUGUACCUCACCAUAACCGCCAACAUGGUCGUGGCUGCGUCGAAGAACAAUUUCCUAGUGUGGAACUUCCGCGCGCCACGCAACUCGACGCUGCACCCGAGCAGGAUGCGCAAGUACAAGAUCUAUCACGUGGACGAGACGCCGACCGGCGUGACCGAAGUUAUCCAGGACUUGGAUAAGGACGGCUCGUUCGAAACCCCCAUUAGCACGAAGGCCACCAUGGAUCCGAUCUGCUGCGUCUACGCCACCGACAAGGUUCUCUUGGUCGGUCGGGACUCGGGGAUGAUUCAGCGGUACUCUCUGCCACAGAUAACGCUCGUCAACCGAUACAAUACCGCGUGCAGACUACAUAGACUCGCUAUUAACUGCGACUCCACGCGCGUUUCUAUCCUGGACGCCAACGGUAUUCUCACUAUGCUGGAUCUGGAUUCGCAAAAGGCGCCCGAUUCGCGAGACACGGACACGAGCGAGGAUAUAACCAAGUUUGAGAGGAAGGAUGUGUGGGCCAUGUGCUGGGCACGGGAUAAUCCCUCACUCCUGGCGAUCAUGGAGAAAACCAGGAUGUACGUUCUGAGAGGACUAGACCCCGAGGAGCCUAUAGCUUGCUCUGGAUAUAUUUGCUCGUUUCAGGACUUGGAGAUACGCUGCGUUCUGUUGGACGAUCUGAUGCUGAUGUCCGACGACAUGCGAAAGGACUUGAUCGUGGACUUGGAAGUAAAAUCUUUGAGAGACACAAGAGAGCUGCUGGCCAAGGUGGGUCUGAAGGAGACCAACAAUUUCAUCCAAGACAAUCCGCAUCCGCGUCUCUGGCGUUUAUUGGCCGAGUCGGCGUUGACGAAGCUGGACUUGGAAACGGCGGAGAACGCUAUGGUGCGCUGCACGGAUUACCUGGGUAUACAGUUUAUCAAGCGUCUACAGAACGUGCACAACGAUCAGCUGAAGAAGGCGGAGGUCGCGGCGUUCCUCGGCAAUUACGACGAGGCCGAGAAACUUUAUCUGGACAUGGACAGGAGAGACCUGGCGGUCGCGCUACGCCAAAAGCUGGGCGACUACUUUCGGGUCGUGCAGCUGAUGAAGAUGGGCAUUGGCGGCUCGGACAAGCAAAUGGAGCACGCGUAUAACAAGAUCGGCGAUCAUUUCGCCGAGAGACAGAACUGGGAGAACGCGAAGGAGUAUUACGAGAAAGGUAGAAACUUGGAGAGACUCAUUCAGUGCUACUACAAACUGGAAGAUUUUGUUCAGCUGGCGGCAACCGUGGAUCAGCUGCCGGACAAGAGUCCGAUUUUGAAGACUGUGGCGCGGAUGCUGGCUUCGGUGGGAAUGUGCCCGCAGGCGGUUGCGGCUUACAUCAAAUACGGAGACGUAAAGUUAGCCGUGGAUACGUGCGUGCGUCUGAAUCACUGGGACCAAGCCGUCGACUUAGCGAAGACUUACAAGAUGGCACAAAUCGGCGAAUUGCUGAGCAAGUACGCCAAUCAUCUGUUAUCGAACGGCAAGCGUCUACAGGCGAUCGAAUUGUACAAGAAGGCCAACUAUAAUCUGGAAGCGGCUAAAUUGUUGCUUCGCCUCGCCGAGGAGCAAGCCAGGUCCAAGUCGCAUCCCCUGCGCGUGAAGAAGAUAUAUGUUCUCGCGGCCCUGCUGAUCGAGGACCACAUCAACAGCGUUCCGGCGAUAAAAGGCGGCCGCAGUAACGUCGUCAUGGGUCUUUCUGAAAGCAACGAAGAUACCAGGAUCAUAGAAAACGCCUGGCGGGGCGCCGAGGCGUAUCACUUCCUUUUGCUCGCGCAUAGACAGUUAUACGACGGCAGUUUUGAUGCCGCGAUGAAGACCGCCCUGCGACUGAGAGAUUAUGAGGAUAUCCUGGAAGUAGAGGACAUCUAUUGUCUGUUGGCGCUAUCGAGCGCCGUUAAUCACGCGUUCGCCACCUGCUCGAAGGCCUUCAUAAAAUUGGAAGGACUCGAGACGAUCUCGGAGGCCAAGAAAGAGGAAUAUGAGGAACUGGCGGUGGACAUCUUCACGAAGCACACCCCGAAGGACUCCCGCAACAACAAGGCGGAAUGCGUCAACUGCGAGACUCUGGUGCCCGACUGGUGUAUCACGUGCCCGAAUUGCUCGACCAGAUUCCCGGCUUGCAUCGUCUCGGGCAAACCGCUCAUGGACCUUAGCAUCGCGUGGAUCUGCACCGUUUGCCGACAUCACGUCGCAACGGAACGCGACGUUGUUAACAUAAACGCCUGCCCCUUGUGUCACAGCACCGUCACGUAUAUGUAGGCUAAUUCGAAUAAUUUCGCAAUCCGUCCAUUUUUUUAUUUGCCAAUAUUUUACACAGAUAAACAGCGAGCUUUUGUAUUUUGAUAACUGUGAUGCAAUGAGAAGAAAACAAUUGGGACAUUUCGGUUUUAUUCCGAAAAACGAAAAAUCGACAUUAAAUCUAUUACAUUUGUUGGCCUCCAUAAUCGGUAUACGAAUCGAGUAUCAAUUAAUUAUGAAAGAUAAUUUAAAAUGAGUUAAAUAAUUAACAGAGUGCCGUUAUUUUCGUGUUUUAAUAUUGAAUAAUAUUGGAUUAAUCCUGGAACAGGAAUUAUUGAGCUCAAUUUUAAAAGUAUUUUUAAAAGCAUGUGAAUUUUUCCUUUUGUGCGGGCUGAUAUAUUUUUUAAAACUUCGGGUAUAAAUAGGAUUUUCAUCAGCUUUUAACGAUGAAUAUUCGUUUUAUUUUUUUACGCUUUAUUUUUUCUGCAUGUCGGUGAUAUCGUACUUGAUAUCGGAUGCCAGAUCGUAUCAAUCAGCAAUAGGUUUUUAUUGAAAUAAAACAACACGCGGAUCGAUAGAAAACUCGGUACACCGUUUUACGUUAAAGCGAGUAUCUCCCGACUCAGUGGCAAAAUGCAAUCUAACGAGAAUCUAAUUUCAACGGUUUGCCAUUGCAUAUGCAUUACCGACAUUGUGGCUGUGCGCACCUGCUAUUCCGUCCGGAACGUAAUGAGCCUUUAACGAGUGCGAUCUCGUAUUAGUUUUGUCGUGCUUUCAAAGUUUAUGCAAGUGCGAAUACCAUUGUCGCGUAUAGUUUUGAUAUCGCAAUUAUGCAGCCAGCGGUUUUUAUUGUAGACUUGAUAAUUGAAUAACGCAGUUCUGCAAUGCGGAACCAACUCCAAAACCUCUUAUUCUGUUAUAAGAGCAGAAUUUCGCGUAACAAAAGUAAAAUUCUGCACCAACGUUAUCUCAAAUAUAAUGAACUAUAAUUCUCAUCAAUAACAAUUUCAUUGCGUUUUUAGAAAAUUUUCUACCCACAAUAUAGAACAAAAAUCAAUAUAAUCAGAACUAAAACACACGGAAAUGGCGCUUGAUUCCUUAUUGCAUAACUGCAUUCAAUUGAUAUCUCGUUAGCGAGAUCAUAUCGUUUUUGUAUGCUGUUAUCUCUUCUUGUUAACAAUGAUAAUCAAUUAUUAAUUAUAAAUUGAUAUAAAAAUAAUGAUAAAUUAUAUAUUUAUAUAGAGAUAAACAAAGAGAUGUAAUUAUUAUGACGCAGAUAUUCGAUAUCGAAGUAGAAACUCGUUGAUCUCUGAUUUCUUGCAAAUGUAUUGUAGAAAUAGCGAAUAUAUGAUUGUUUACGUAAUUUGAUAUAUUCUAAUUUGAUAAAAAUAUAAUAUAAUUUGAUAACAAUCUUAUACAACAAGAUAAACGAUUUCUUUCGUCUUUUAAUAUUUCGUGAUGGAAUUUUUAUUUAAGUCUUGCUCCUAAACCGUCCACUAUAAAUUAGUUUGAUCUAUACUUAUAUUUUACUUGCAGAUAUAUCUGAAUAGUAUUAAGCUAUUGUUAAGAAAGAAAAGGGAGAGAAAAGGAGAGAGAGAGAGAGAGAGAGAGAGAGAGAGAG